UGUACGAUUGUCUAACCUCCUCGGUACCGCUUGUGUGUCGGACAUGCUUGGCGCAGUUCUCUCUGCGAUCACGGCCGCCCAGAAUGGAGAAGAACUCUUGACGAAGGAACAGGUUACUUAACGAGCUCAAAAGCUUAAGGAUUGAUGCACCGGAAAGCAUUGAGGCGAUGCCUCUCAAUCAUAUGUGCUGCCACUGGCAAGCCACUAUCAUGAGAUCAGUGGAAAAUCCGUAUGAGGGAGGAUUGUUUUAUCUAUAUCUACAAGUACCGUUUAGUUAUCCCAUGUGCCCACCUGCAGUGAGAUUUCUAACGAAAAAAACCUCACCCGAACGUACAUUGAGGUACAGAGACGUUGAUAUUGAUAUUGACUCGAUACAUCACAAUUGGUCACUUGCUCUCAUAAUAUCUAAAGUUCUUAUCAGUAUACAAAGUCUGCUUACAGAUCUGUACUGUCAUGUGUGUAUAGAACCAGAAUUAGGGGAGAUGUACAUGAACGAUCGCGAGAAAUUCGAAGAGGUAGCAAGGACGUGGACAUGGAGCACGAGCAUGCCUGCCUCUCCACAUAUGGGUAGGAUGGUAGGAAGAGUAGUACUUUCCAAGCAUUCUGUGGAGGGAACAUGCGCGAGACGUACGAAUUUUCGUCGAAUUUGGGUAUGCUCUUACUGUGAACGGAGUAUAGAUACUAAUUAGUAGAUAUCACAUAAGCAUAUUUAAUAAAUUGAUAAUGAGAUUUGUGAUACAUUGUGCUAGAAAAAACGAACGGAUUUACUGAAAACGACUGUGUAUUUAUAGGAAAUAUUGUUAAUCAUGAUCAUAUUGAUCAUGUAUUAGUGAGAUCAAAUUCAUAAUGUUAUUUCUAUUAUUGCAAUUCGCGCGCGAAGACCAAAUCCCACUCUCAAUCUCAUUCGCUUGAUUCUGGGGCUACUGUUUUUUGGUUCUUUCUAUUUUUACAUCGAAAUGUUUUCGUGCAAUAACAAUCUGAUAAAGUUUCAAUUAUUCAAAUGAUUAUUAAAUCUCUUCAGUUAUAUUUUAAAAUACUAUAAAAAUUUUGUUUAAUUUGCCUAUGACAGUUUAUAAAGUUUUUUAUAGUCUAGAGACUAUUUCUUAAGCUUGCGAUAAACGCAAUUUUUGCAAUUUUUGUUUGUUUGAAUGUAUAUUAUAUAUUUUAAAAUAUUAUUUCAAAUAAGUAAU